AUGUACGUCUCAAAAGUUGCUCUCGCGGUGACCGGUGUCAGUCUUGUCACUGCUGCUCCUGUCAUUGAAAAACGUGCAGAAAUCACAGAUGCCGACAUCCUCAACUAUGCCUUGACACUGGAGCACCUCGAAGACACCUUCUACCGUGAAGGUCUUGCCAAGUAUUCCGAACAGGACUUUGUAGAUGCUGGAUUCGAUGCCACUUUCUACGCAAACCUGAAGGAGGUUUCCAGCGAUGAAGCCAGCCACGUCAAGUUCUUGACAGCCGGUCUGACAGCUGCCGGUGCCACACCCGUUGCCGAGUGUACCUACGACUUUGGCUACACGGACGUCAAGAGUUUCCUGGCCACGGCCUCGAUCCUCGAGGGCGUCGGCGUCUCGGCCUACCUGGGCGCAGCCGCCGACAUCAUGUCCAAGACAUACCUCACGGCCGCCGGCUCAAUCUUGACCGUCGAGGCCCGACACUCGGCCUACCUCCGCUCCAAGCUCGACAAGUCUCCCUUCCCUCAGGCUUUCGACGCUCCCCUGACCCUGGACGAGGUCUACUCCCUCGCAUCGCCCUUCAUCACAUCUUGCCCGGCGAGCAACCCCGCCCUGCCCGUCAAGGCCUUCCCAGCUUUGUCUCUGGACCCCUCCACGGCUCAGCCCAUCAAGGCUGGAGAUGCAGUGACCCUGUUGACACCCGGUUACACCGUUCAGGGUGCACCGGUCUACGCUGCCUUUAUCGCCGUGACUGGCCCUACCUUUGUCGAGGCCACGCCUGUCGACGGUGGUUUCUCCGUCGUGAUCCCCGAGGGCUUCGCCGGUCAGACCUAUGCCGUCCUUACCGGAUGCAACGAGAGCGUCACCGACGAGACUGUCGUCGCUGGCCCAGCUCUUAUUGAGAUUUGA